CAUUUCCCGUCACGUAACGCCUGUACUAUCUGUCUGCUUUGAGUAGAUUAACUUCACUUGCAUCCAGUGAUAUGGCUGGCAGUCUCACACCAUGCGAUCCUCGCUCUCCAAGGUAGCGGCGCCCGCUGCUCGCUCCUUCCAUUCCCGAGCUUUCACACCCAAGCGACCACAAAGAUGCUUCCACGAGACGAGAUUGGCGACCAUGCCUCGGCGACGCGAUUUCUUCACUUCCAACCACCUCUUGUCGAACGGCGACCGUGAUGAAGGUCUUCUUUCCAUAUCUCAGAGGGACAACGCAGCUGGCCAGACUACCAACCGCCAGCCCCUUCCUACGCCAAUACAAUCUUCCUCUAUUGGAGCAAAGCGGAAGCCAACACGGGCUUCUGUUGCGAAGAUCGUGCGACUUGCAAAGCCGCCCGCCAACAGAAGCCGGUCGCUACCGAAGCCAGCGAUGUCCGAAGCGACGGGCUUGGCAGAGAAGGAUUACCGACAUACAAUCAGUGCCAUCUGCGUGGCACAGUCCUUCGAUAUGGAAAAGGUGCAAGAGAUUCUGAGAUUUCACGGCUUCGAUCUCGAUCCAGAUUUGACUGAUUUCGACUCGGAAGCUGUGGUACAUGCUCGAGGGGUCAAUAAUGGCGAUCUAUUUGUCUUCCCUUCCGGUACAGUGGUAUCGUGGGCUGUUCCCGCGGAAACCUUGGAGACGCUUGCGACGAAACAAUUAAUCCGCGCUGCCGAAUUUCCGCACAUCAAAAAACUCGAGUGGGAAGACCUCGAAUUCACCACCGACGACACACGCGAGACGUGUUACAUGCGGGGAGAGACCGUCGUGCUUGGGACAAAAAGUCUUGAGCAGGACCCAUCCUCGCAGCUCGACAUUACGUUAGCCAAGAUUGCUUUUUCCAGUGGAUUGGCGCGUAGUCCCAAGCUUGCUGUCCUUGAAAACAACCUCUUCGAGUUCUUCCAAGGAGCUAAGACUAUUUUCAAUAGUCCCGAAGGCGGGGCACAUGGCAGGCUGACGAGCCGUUUUGUGCUGAAAAAGACCGGAGAGCUUCUCAGUCUACGUGCUCAGCUCAAUCACUACUCUGACAUUACGGAUCAGCUGCCUGACAUGUUUUGGGAUUCCGAAUCACGAUUGGAGGAUUACUACAAUCAGGUUGGCAACAGGCUGGAUGUGCGAGCUCGCAUCGCCGACCUUAAUCGCAAGAUAGACUACGCCCACGAGAAUGUGAGCGUCCUGCGGGAGAUGACCAGUGAGAAGCACGGCACGCGGCUCGAAUGGAUCAUCAUUAUAUUGAUCAGUGUCGAAGUUCUGUUCGAGCUGAGGAGAGUGUACAAGGAAGAGUUCGUGGAGAAGGAGGGAAAGUCCCACGACGAUGUAUGACCACAUUCACGACAAACACAUCAACGACUUUUGCAUUUACUGCGGGCGCGGCUUAAAAUGAUACCCUACUCUAAAUACAAUCAAUUUCGGAACGCACUUUUGGUUCAAUACGGCUCAUUGUACUCGUCCCAUCUGCCGACGUUGGCUACAGGUGCGUUUCGAAAUACCGUCACAGAAAUGCCAAAGCUGGCGGUGGCCCGGAUCGUGAAAUCGCGCCUUGGUGCUCAGUUUGCAGCAACCCGCAACAAGAGGAAUCAGCGCUGCUCGAG